AUGACACGGCCUGAUAUUACAUAUGAUGUCAAUCAAGUUAGUCAAUAUAUGCAUCGGCCUACUCAGACCCAUUUCAUGGUUGUUAAGCGCAUCAUUCGAUAUCUUAAGGGUGCAUUGGGUCAUGGCAUUUGCUUCUGGCGUGACUCCUCUUUCCAUCUUACGGCUUAUUCUGAUGCAGACUGGGGUGGUGAUCCUGAUACUUCUCGAUCAACUACUGGUCAUUGCAUUUUCUUGGGAAGAAAUCUAGUUUCCUGGGGUUCUAAAAAGCAACCUACAGUCUCCACCAGCAGCACUGAAGCUGAGUAUCGAGAUUUAUCAUCUACUUCAGCUGAACUUAUUUGGAUCGGAUACUUAUUGCGUGAUCUUAAUAUUUAUCUGAAGCAACCUCCUAUAUUAUACUGUGACAAGCCACUUAUUUGGCUAUAA